AUGACCACCGACUUCACCCCCUUCGCCACCACCCUCUCCACCCUCCUCUCCCAAACCGCCACUCUCCCAGCCAGCGACCUCGCCACCUCCGCCAUCGCCGCAACCCACGCCUUCUACCCCACCGCCGCCGCCUCGGCCGCCCCGGACACCACCCCCACCACCAUCAUCCGCCAGCUCAUCGACCACAUCUGGGCCGCCGUCAUCAACCAGGUCCGCGCCGACGGCACCACCAACGAGAAACUCGCCGACUUUGUAAAGCUCUUCUGGGACGGGCUGGUCGCUUCUGCCCCGCAGGAAUGCCGCACGCAGCAGCUGGGGAAGUAUGAUGACUUGGAUUGGAUCACUAUCGAUAACGCGAUUGGCGGCCCAUGUGAAGGCGGCGCCUGGUGCAGCGGCGACCACGUCGAGCGUGACGACGGCAUCGAAUGCACCAACGACCGCACCCACAGCCUCGGCGGCAGCUUCGACUUCCGCCGCAAAGCCUGGGUGUCAUAUGUGCACUUUUGCGCCAUCCUGCUCGCGCGGGACAUGGUCAACACUCGCGGGGUGCUGCACCGCGCGACGCUGGGCAUCUUUGACGACGGGGAGGCGACUACUGGCGGGUGGGAUUACCGCGGGAGUAAUAUUAUGGCGUUUGAGAAGGCGCUUGGGGUUGUAGGUGGGAUUUUCUGGGAGCAGGGAGGCAGCUGGUGGGAGGUGGAGAAGGGGAUGGGGGUCACGGGGGAGAGGUUUGUGACGAGGUGGGAGGACUUUAUAGAGAUAUUGGGCGGGGUGGAGGACUAUGAGAGGGAGGAUGACGAGGUGAGGGAGAGUGCGGGGAGGGCGAAGGUGUUGUUGGAGGAGAUUAGGGAGGCGCAUGCGAAGAAGUAG